AUGAGAACAAAACAGACUCACAUCCAUGAAGUCCAGCAGACCGGCCUCCUGCUGGGAGCCGCUCUGCUCUCGGUGCUGCUGUGUUGCCCGCAGCUCGUGGCCUCAGACUCAGACGAGCUGCUCCUGACCGAGUGGGAGAUCUGGAAGAGCAGCAAUGGCAUAUCCUAUGAAGAUAUGGACGAUAUGCAAAGGCAGAUCAUCUGGGAGGAGAACAAACAGAUGAUUGAAAAUAAUAAUCAAGGGUUUUUCAGGGGGAUGAGGCCGUUCACUAUGGCCAUGAAUAAAUACGGAGACCUGACUAGACAAGAGUUCCGGGUUUUGCAAGGUGCCGUGAUAGACUCCCAAUUUGUGAAGAGAGGGAAGACCGUCUCGAGCCGCAGCCUUCGCAACGCUGCUAAGAAGUUAGAUGCUCUGGUUGUCGACUACAGAAAGAUGGGCUAUGUCACUGAGGUGAAAGACCAGGGUUACUGUGGCUCGUGCUGGGCCUUCAGCACCACGGGAGCUAUUGAGGGACAAAUAUACAAGAGGACAGGUCAGCUUGUGUCUCUGAGUGAACAGAACCUGGUGGACUGCUCCAGAUCUUAUGGUACCUAUGGCUGCAGUGGUGCCUGGAUGGCCAACGCCUAUGACUACGUGAUCAAAAACGGCCUUCUGCCGACAAACUCCUACCCAUACACCUCAGUGGACACCCAGCCCUGUUACUACGAUAGCAGACUUGCAGUGGCACAUAUCAAAGACUACAGGUUCAUACCGAAAGGAGACGAGCAGGCUCUAGCUGAUGCCGUGGCAACUAUCGGCCCAAUCACAGUCGCCAUUGACGCGGAUCAUUCAAGCUUCUUGUUCUACAGCUCAGGAAUAUAUGAUGAGCCCGCCUGUAACCCUAACAACCUGAGUCACGCGGUGCUGCUGGUGGGCUACGGCUCUGAAGGAGACCAGGACUACUGGAUCAUCAAAAACAGUUGGGGUAGCAGUUGGGGUGAAGGCGGCUACAUGCGGCUGGUCAGAGACGGCAGAAACACUUGUGGCAUCGCGAGCUACUCCUUGUACCCUAUUCUAUGA